AUGGGGAAGAAAGGAGGAGCGAAAAAUCUCCCAAAACCGGAAUCAAAAUCUCACACUCCUAUUACACUGAGAGAAGAAGCCACUGGAAAAUUAAAAACGAAGCCAAUCGUUAACACAAAGUCACAUCUGAGAAUUGAUCAUUUGAAAAAACUUGCGGUGUGGACCACUACUAACCCUCACAUACCGUCUUUGAGUGCCUUCUAUGGUCAGCAUUUGGCCACCGUUUCAGAGUCUGCUGGUGUACCUCCUCAUCCUUCUCUACUCACUUGCCAAAGGUGCGAAACUGUUCUUCAUCCCGGCUUUAAUUCAACUGUACGGAUUGAGAAGAAUAGAUCAAAGGUCAGACACAGGCAAAAGAAGUUUGGCACCAUCGCCCAAAACAAUGUCGUGUACAAGUGCCAUUUCUGUUCACAUCAGAAUAUCAAGAGAGGUACCCCUAAGGGACAUUUGAAAAAACUAUGCCCGGCAAAAGAUAAACCAUCCUUAGAAUCAACACCCGCCACAAAACCAAUUGUACACAAAUCUUUAAAAUUAGAGAAACACAUGGUAAGCAAAGAUGAAGGCGGUGAAUUACACACUGUUGGUUCAGAAGUUGUAGUUAAGGACGUCGCCCCUAUGAAGGGUCUGGAAACUCCGUUUAGUACAAGUGCACCAACAUUGUUAGAAGCAAAGAAGAGAAAUAGAAACAAAUCCUCGUCCAAGAAUGCGUUUGAAACUCCAAGCAUGUCUGCAAGAGUAAAUACUCAGAGCACUGCGAGCAAAAGACGGAAAAAAUCAUGGACCAGUUUAAAAGAAAUUGCUAAGAGCAAAGAGAGUGAUAACAGUGGAGUUGCUAAUUUGACAAUCCCAUUUUUUUUAUAACUUGGAAGAUUUCUGCAUAGGUAAUUUAUUUUAAGAUUGAGCCGGAAGGUUGUUUUUCUCAGCUUAUUUCAAGCAAUUUUGUUGUUUUUGCUGUGUUU